AUCACGUCCUAAAGCCGAACCUUAUUCGAUCUCUUUUUAUAUCUGUUCUUGUAUUGGAUUCUUCUCCCAAAAAAAGAACUAGUACAAUUUUUUUUUCCUAAUUUUUUGAAUUUUCGAAAACUUUGAGAGAUUGUUGAGCAGAGAUGGGGGUAGCACUAUCAAGAUUAGUAAAAAUGAUGUUCGCAAAGAAAGAAAUGAGAAUUUUAAUGGUGGGUCUUGAUGCUGCUGGUAAAACCACCAUCCUUUACAAACUCAAACUCGGUGAAGUAGUCACUACUAUCCCCACUAUUGGGUUUAAUGUGGAAACUGUGGAGUACAAAAAUGUAGGCUUCGCUGUUUGGGAUGUUGGUGGCCAAGACAAGAUCAGGCCAUUGUGGAGGUACUACUUCCAGAACACCCAAGGUCUUAUCUACGUAGUGGACAGUAACGACCGAGAGAGAAUUGCAGAAGCCAGAGAUGAGCUCCACAGGAUGCUAAAUGAGGAUGAACUGAGGGAUGCAUCUCUUUUAGUUUUUGCCAACAAGCAAGACCUUCCAAAUGCAAUGCCUGUUGCUGAGAUUACUGAUAAACUUGGCCUCCACUCCCUUCGUCAACAUCGCUGGUUUAUACAGGCUGCUUGUGCUACCUCUGGUGAAGGGCUUUAUGAAGGUCUAGAGUGGCUUACCAGCAACAUAACUACCUAGUCUUGAUAUUACGAUGAACUGCCUGCAAAUUGGAGCAUUGUUACUGAUAUCUAACAUCAGACUUUCCUUUCAGAAGUGAAGCUUUACUUAUUGCAUAGAUGUAUAUUAUUAGUAUAUAAUUCAUGUUAAUUUCAUGCCUCAGUCUGCUGAGAAUGUUUAAUGAUGAAUGAAUGUUUGCAAGUAAAAUAUAAUCUUAAUGUUGGCUAUA